CAAGUAAAAAAAUAAUUAAAACCAUAUCAUUUCGCCGUAAUGAUUCAUCGAAACCAUGGAAGUAUUAUUUGGAGGGGCGUUGCUGAGAUCUAAGUCUUCGAACAGAGCCGUUCCAAGCGCCACCGCGAAAACUAGGAACUUGAGCACCGGCGACGUGGGGCACAAGAUGGAGAAUGUUAAGAGGCGUGGAGUUUACGUUGAGAAGUGGGUGAACCCGAAAUUGCCCGCUGAAGAUAACAAAAGACAUAAAUCGAAAGCACAGCCAAUACCUCGGCCACAAACACCCAAAUUGCUAACCUCUGCCCCGAGGGCAUCCAACAUAUCAACCUACACCCGCCUCCUGGGCACCGCAGACCCCGCGGUCCGGUUCAUAAAACGCAAAAAGAGGACCCUUCCUGAAAAGCUUCCGAAACAGACCUCCAAAACAUCAAAACAUGAGGUUAAACCAAGGGAUAUUGUGACAGAGAAUAAAAACAUUAAUAAGUUUAAAUCCAACGUCAAACUGCAUCACGCAAAAGUUUCGGAAAAUGAAAGAAAAAAGGAUCUACAAACACCAUCGACGUCAUCUAAAAUGGGUUACGAUACUAACUGGUCCGCUAUCUUUCCGAACAGAGAAAACAGUGACAAUACUACUUUAUUACAGCACUAUAUCUGCAACUAUGACAGCAAACCCAAAGAUGAUAAAUUAAAAACUGUAGAAGGUAAAGACGAACAGAUGUAUACCUUUUUCAAAGACCUCAUCGAGACAGUUUAUGACGAAGAGAUGGCUACAAAUCCUGAUGUACAGAGUCGCCAAUCUUCUGAUAUAAAAUUUGAGAUAGACGACCCUGUAGCGCAGAAAUUGCAAGAAUAUAAUUCCAAGCAAUACACAAUCGAAGACCAGGACUUCGUGUACGAUCAAAGUCGUGAGCUGGCGGAUUAUUACAACAACAAGUCGCGAUUAGCACCACAGAAAAACGUGAAGCUAAGAAAGAAAAACAUAAAAAAAAUCACCGAUAAGUCUGUAUACUCGAAAGAGAACAGGUCUAAAAAGCCUACUCUUCUAACCCUUUUGAAACAACAAUUAGCAAUGGAUUUGAACAAGCAAGAAGAGCCGGAAAGCAUGUACGAUGCGCUCCGGAACAUAGCUAAAAAUAAACGCAAGCGUAAACAAAUAUGUUUCGAGACACCCAAAGAACCUAGCGAUCUAGAAAGGGUAUGCAGAUUUAAGCGUCGAAAUGUCCUUAUACCGACCAAGAAAACACCAAAAAGGGUAAGACAGACGAGGUGUGAUUCCAAAACUGCGGAAGUAAAGCGAACCGAGUCUACUUCAACAGAGUUUGAUUCUAGCCAUUCCUUGGAAGUGCUGGGUUUUGAUUAUGAUUUGGAGCCGGAUACGGUAACAUCGGAAGUCGGUACGGCGAUCAGUAUAAUCAGGUCCAUAACGAACUUGAAUGAAGGCAUCAUGACAAUCACGCAUCAUUGGAAACGUUGA